AUGAAAGACCUGCUCACCGCCGUCGCGGGGCAGUUCGGUCUCGUCUUCCGGUCCGAGCGCAUCCCAUCCACUGGGUUCACCAUGUGGGCUUCCUUCACCUUCCGCAUUCUCGUCGUGGCUCUGGUGUUCGAGUAUGUUCUUACUCAGAGCACCACAGCUAAACCGGCGCAACAACCGGCACAGCAACCACAAAAGUCGGGUAAUACCACGGCUACUGCCAGUCCCAGAUCCCUGCUGGGUUCGUACGACUCUUCAUCCUAUGGAGGACAAUCUUAUGGAGGAAAAUACGAAGCUGAACCGUAUGGAGGUAAUUCAUAUGGUGGAAACUCAUAUGGAGAUAAUUCAUACGGGAAACCAGAGUCGUACUCCGAACCCGUUGCGGAAUACCAGCCACCCGCUGCAUACGAACCUCCACCCCAGCCCGAAUACAAGCCGCCUCCACCGAAAACCAUCAAAUACUCUCCUCCCGUUAAGAUAUUGGACUGUAAGGUGGUCUGCCAUGGAGACUAUAUGGUGAUCACCUUCAAAUUCUCUGGUCCCUUCUACGGCAUCAUCUAUCCUUACGGCCAAUACGACUGCGUCGUGUUCCGGGGACAAGGAGAGACGGUUUGCGAGAUCACUCUGCCCAAGAACCUCUGCGCGGCCAAGGGAUACAAACCCCCAGCUGUGGCACCAUACAGCUCGGAAUACCUGAGACAUCAUAUCAUGGUCCAAUUAGACAAGAACUUCGUGGGUGCAUGGGACGUGCACGUGAUUGCUAAAUGCGACAAGCCCCAAGGUUACCAAAAAAAGGCGACAUUCGAAUUCUUCACGAUUGACAAGCAGCCUGUUAUGCUGUCUGGGAAACUGCUGGGUGCAGCCAAGCUGACGUACGAGAUCCUGCAAGGACACGGAAACUACCUGCGUCCUCUGACUGGACCCGUUCUCCUUGGAACUCCACUCACUCUGCUCUUCAAGCUAACAGAGCCCUACUUGGAUAUCGACAUGAACAUCUUGUCUUGCUGGGCUGCAGAAGGAAAGCCGAGCAAGCAAUUCGUCCAGAAUCCAAACUACGGCGUUGCCUCACCCGAAAUCCAGGUCAUCAGCAACGGUUGUUCCACUCAACCGAAGCUCUUCGAGCAUUCCACGAAGUCGAGCGACGGCGGCUACGGAGGCUCGAAGACGGUGACGACCAAGAUCCCCUUCCAGGCUUUCCGCUUCCCCAGGUCGGACUGCGUCAUCAUCCGAUGCGAGGUUCAGAUCUGCUAUGGGAAGUGUACCGUUUACGAGACCUGUCCCAUCUACAAGCCAGAGGAAUACCAGCUUCCUGCAUACCCUACACCCGAAGGCUACAAGGCUCCAUCUUACGACGCCAAACCCGAAUCUUACGAUUCUUCCUACUCCAAACCAGAAUCGUACGAUUCUUCCUACUCCAAACCAGAAUCGUACGAUUCCUCCUACGCAAAACCGGAAUCUUACGAUUCUUCCUACUCCAAGCCGGAAUCGUACGACUCUUACGCCAAACCCGAGUCAUACGAUAAGCCUGCAUAUCCAAAGCCCGAGUCUUAUGAGAAGCCUGCUUAUCCGAAGCCCGAGUCUUACGAGAAGCCUGCAUACCAGGCUCCUCCAAGCUACGGCGCUCCCCCGGCAUAUGGAGGUCAGUCUAAUUCUUAUGGAUCUGGCUAUAAUGCGCAGCCGAGCUCUUAUGACUCUGCUCCAUCAGGUUCAUAUGGUGGCCAAUCUGGUUAUGCCGCACCCGAGUCCUAUAAGGCACCUUCCUAUGGAUCCGGUUCAUCUGGCUAUGCUGCUCCUGAAUCCGGCUACAAAGCUUCACCUGGCGCUUACCCUGCACCCAAGCCCAGCUAUUCCGCCCCGAGCAACACCUUCAGCCCUAUUACCUAUGGAGGAAACGCGAAGCCUUACAGUCUGUCCGACAACAUCGCUGACAGGCGCAAGAGGCACAUCGGUGAAAUCUUGGAGACCGUUAUCAUUGAGCAUGUGAUCCAGAUGGAAAACCCCGCCCCCCAGGAACUCCGAGUCAUGGGAACCAAGAGCAAGCCUGUUCGUUCCACUGGCAACGUCCUCAUGGAAGUCGGUUCCUCUCAACUCAACGCCAUCUGCGAUAGCGAUAAGAUCGUCCUGCAACUCUCCUCUGCCAAGCCAUUCAACGGCACCCUCAGCCUAUUCGCACCCGGAGUUGAGGACUGCGAGGCUCACGCCCACUCCGUCGAGAAGGUCUACACCGAGCUCUCCCUGUCUCCGAAGACUUGCUCCAAGCGCCCGGAAGUCUUCAUGGCUGCUCUGAUUGCCGGUGACGUCGCCGAGGAAACCAUCUUCGAAUGCCAGAUGUUCUAGCUUGGAUUCAUUCCUCCGGCUCUAACGACCUUUCCACGUGGUUUUUAAUCGGAGAAUUUAACCGGGGAAAUCUUGAAAAGAUAGAUAUAUUAGGAAAAUAUAUCUUCUGAAGAAUAUAGACAGUUGUAUUUCUUUUGACUUCUCUCUCUUUUUGUGAUUCGAACACGGAAGAAUUCUCUGAUGACUAUUUGAUACACUUCCUCGUUCUUCUCUUCCUGUGGUUACAUAUAUUGGCUAUUUCGCUUGCGA